GGGCUGAAUAGGCUAAUUUCUAAUUGGGCAAGAAAGAACAGUAAACCUCAAUCGCAAUUCAGACAUACAGAGAAAGGAGUUAAACCAUGAUUGGAAGAUGCGUAUCAGCUCAAUCAUCAAAGCCAAACGAGCUAAAAUUUCAAACUUUGAAUGGAAUUCAAGAGCUAGCUGAAACUCGCCGAUUCAAGGCAUGGUUUCUGGAUCAGUUUGGAGUCCUUCAUGAUGGGAAACAACCUUAUCCUGGUGCCAUUUCGACAUUGGAAAAGUUGGCAACUUAUGGUGCAAAGAUGGUAAUCGUUAGUAAUUCUUCAAGAAGAGCAUCUACAACCCUGGAAAAAUUGAGGAGCCUUGGAUUUGAUCCAUCACUCUUUAUUGGUGCCAUUACCAGUGGAGAAUUAACACAUCAGUAUCUUCAAAGGAGAGAUGACGCUUGGUUUGCCUCCUUGGGAAGAUCAUGUAUUCACAUGACUUGGAGUGACAGGGGUGCUAUAUCUCUUGAGAGCCUCGGACUAGAAGUUGUGGAAAAUGCUCAGGGAGCCGAUUUUAUUUUGGCUCAUGGAACUGAAGCCUUGGGGCUUUCUUCUGGAGCCGCACUUCCCAUGAAACUUGAUGAUCUUGAAAAAAUACUGGAGCAGUGUGCUACUAAAAAAAUUCCCAUGGUGGUAGCAAAUCCUGAUUUUGUAACUGUUGAGGUUAGGGCUCUGCGUGUUAUGCCCGGAACAUUGGCGGCCACAUAUGAAAAACUUGGCGGUGAAGUAAAAUGGAUGGGUAAACCUGAUAAGAUAAUAUACAAGUCAGCUAUGAAAAUGGCUGCUGAGGAUGCCUCUGAUUGUAUUGCCAUAGGAGACUCCCUCCACCAUGAUAUCAAAGGUGCAAAUGCAGCUGGAAUUGCAUCCGCAUUUAUUACAUGUGGAAUCCAUGCUACUGAACUUGGACUUGACAAAUUUGGAGAGGUCGCAGAUGAUAACUCUAUACAUGCUCUUGCCUUGCAAAACAAUGCACAUCCUACAUAUGUUAUCCCUUCAUUUACAUGGUGAAGAAUGUGCUAUUUGGGCUUGGCUAAAAUUUUGUCCCUCCAGUGUUUAGCAUUGAUGUGUCCAAGUACCUAAUAAUGCUACUCACUUUGUACCUCUUUUGAUUCUUUUGGAUGAAAUGGUUUUUCCGUUAACCAUCUAAUUUGUCUAAAGGGAGUCUUGGAGCAACGGUAUUCUUUGUCUCUGUAUGACCUUAUAGGUCACAGGUUUGUAUUCUUGUCUCUGUGUGACCUAUAGGCCACAAGUUCGAACCGUGAAAUCAGCUACUGAUGCUUGCAUCAUGCUAGGCUGCCUACCUCACACCCCUUGGGAUUUGGCCCUUCCUCGGACCCUGCGUGAAGUGGGGAUACUUUGUGCACCGGACAUCUAUUUUAUCUAAAUUGUUUUUUUCAGUUAACCAUCCAUUUUAUCUUUCUAAUAUGACUGUGUUGGAAAAAUUUACUCAUACCCAAUUUUUAGACCAAUCCAAGAAUACAUGACAUGUAUUUUUAUGUA